GAAAAAAAAAAAAAAGAGGAGGAAGAUAUUUUGGUUGCUUGUUAGGCCUUAAAGCGCUGCCUCUUGUCUCAAAAAUAUUAGGGUUUUCUCUUUCUCAAAGAUCUUAUUUUCAUUCUCCGUCGCGUCCGCUUCAGGGUUUUUCCAUCCGUGCAGGUUUAUUUUCUUCGUUUGAUUUGGAUAUUUGGAUUUCGUUGGACUUGAGAUUGAAUUAGGUUGAAUUUGGAGGUGUUUGAAGUUAAGGAGUUGGGGAGGGUGUUUUGGAGUGACAAUUUUGGUUGUAGUUGUAUCGACUAUGCGAGCUUCAUGGGCAGAUUUGGCUGCAAAUUCUGCAGCUGAGAAUGUAGGUUCUGGGUCUUCUGCUAACAGCGCUGCCAGUGGUGCUCCCACUGCUGGUGCUCCGUCGCGGUCCACCUACGUCCCCCCGCAUCUGCGUAACCGUCCGCCUUCAUCGGACCCGCCUGCUCCGGCGUAUAGUGCGCCUGCUGGGAAUGAUCGAGGUGGGUAUGGUGGAUCUCGUUGGGGUGGUGGCAGGAAUGACAACAGUCGGUCUGGGUAUGGAGGGAGUGGCGGCGGCGGCGGCGGCCGCGGUGGUGGAUGGGGUGGCGGCAGAGGUGGCGGUUGGGACCGUGGGAGGGACAGGGAAGUGAAUCCCUUUGAAGAUGAUGACGAAACAGAGCAGCCGUUUAGUGAGCAGGAGAACAGUGGCAUUAACUUUGAUGCUUAUGAAGACAUUCCUGUGGAGACAAGUGGUGACAAUGUUCCACCCCCUGUGAAUACAUUUGCAGAGAUUGACUUGGGUGACGCACUUAAUAAAAAUAUUCAGAGGUGCAAAUAUGUGAAACCAACACCUGUGCAGCGGCAUGCCAUUCCAAUCUCCCUCGGAGGUCGGGACUUGAUGGCAUGUGCUCAAACUGGUUCUGGCAAGACAGCUGCUUUCUGUUUCCCUAUCAUUAGUGGAAUCAUGAAGGGCCAACCUCCACAGAGACCGCCCCGUUCACAUACAGCCUGCCCACUUGCUCUGAUUUUAUCUCCUACUAGGGAGCUUUCUUCUCAAAUACACGAGGAAGCUAAGAAAUUUUCAUAUCAAACUGGUGUCAGAGCUGUUGUUGCUUAUGGAGGAGCGCCAAUUCAUCAACAGCUGCGGGAACUGGAAAGAGGUGUUGAUAUUCUUGUGGCAACCCCUGGAAGAUUGGUGGAUUUGCUGGAGAGAGCUAGAGUGUCAUUGCAGAAUAUUAGGUAUUUAGCCCUUGAUGAGGCUGAUCGAAUGCUGGACAUGGGUUUUGAACCGCAAAUAAGGAAAAUUGUGGAACAAAUGGACAUGCCUCCAGCAGGUGUGCGGCAGACUAUGUUGUUCAGUGCCACUUUUCCAAAAGAAAUACAGAGACUGGCGUCUGAUUUUCUUGCAAAGUACAUCUUUCUGGCUGUUGGAAGGGUGGGUUCUAGUACUGAUUUGAUUGUCCAACGAGUGGAAUUUGUUCAUGAAUCUGAUAAAAGAAGUCACCUUAUGGACCUUCUGCAUGCACAAAGGGCCAAUGGUACACAGGGGAAGCAAGCUCUGACGUUAGUUUUUGUGGAGACAAAGAAGGGAGCUGAUUCCCUGGAACACUGGUUGUGUAUGAAUGGUUUUCCUGCAACUACUAUUCAUGGCGACAGAACACAGCAGGAAAGAGAACAAGCAUUGAGGUCAUUUAAGAGUGGCAAUACUCCAAUUUUGGUGGCUACUGAUGUUGCUGCACGUGGGCUUGAUAUUCCUCACGUUGCACAUGUUGUCAACUUUGAUCUUCCAAAUGACAUUGAUGAUUAUGUUCACCGCAUUGGUCGUACUGGACGAGCUGGGAAAUCUGGUUUGGCUACUGCCUUCUUUAAUGAGAACAAUUCAUCACUGGCCAAGUCUCUAGCAGAUUUGAUGCAAGAAUCAAAUCAAGAAGUACCUGCUUGGUUGUCACGGUAUGCAGCUCGAUCCUCUUACGGUGGUGGGAGGAACCGCCGUUCUGGGGGAGGUCGGUUUGGUGGCCGUGACUUUCGAAGGGAUUCCUAUAGUGGUGGUGGUGGCGGCGGCGGCGGUGGUGGAUAUGGCGGUUCUGGUGGGUAUGGUGGAGGAGGAUAUGGGGGUUCUGGUGGGUUUAGUGGAGGAGGAGGUUAUGGUGCUGGGGUGACCAGUGCAUGGGACUAACCACUUAACUCUUGAGAGCAGUUACAGUGUCUAGGUAAUGAUUGCAGACAUUACUUCUCUACAAUGUCAUAUUUUUGUUUUUGUAAUGUCAUUUCAUAGUGGUUUAAACCAUGGGUUCUGGUGGGUUUAGUGGAGGAGGAGGUUAUGGUGCUGGGGUGACCAGUGCAUGGGACUAACCACUUAACUCUUGAGAGCAGUUACAGUGUCUAGGUAAUGAUUGCAGACAUUCCUUCUCUACAAUGUCAUAUUUUUGUUUUUGUAAUGUCAUUUCAUAGUGGUUUAAACCAUGAAUGUUUUAUACUGUUAGAAUACUCUGACAAUGUUUUGAGGGAGGGGGACAUAUGUUUGGUAUUGGUGCCACAGGAAUAGAUCUGUAAUGUUGGUAGGUGUUGAUUAAAAGUACUAACGGAGUAGGGAUUCCUUUGGCUUCUUAGUUUUCUGUACGAUUAUACUCUGGCUUGUUAUUUUGGAUGGGUUGUAGAGUAUGUAGUGAGAGAGGGAGAGGGUUUCUUUUCGGCUGCAUCUUUGUUAUCUCAUAGGCAUGUUCUUUUCAACCCAGCUUGUGGGGUUAUAUUGGUGAGGUUCUAGUCCUGCCAUUUCCUUCCUCCUUUGUUUGAGUUAUCAGUUAUAGGGCUUUUGUAAUAUUUUGGUGGUGACUGAAAGAAAUACAAAGCUCUUUUUGGAA